UCCCUUUGGACGCCAACGUACUUUAGUGUAUGAUCACAGUGGGGUUCAAGCUAGGGGUAAUGCUUGAAAUAUUCCCUACAAGACUGAACAAUUAUUUCAGAAUUAUGAGGUGGUUUUGAUUCAAUCUAUAACCCUUAUAAAAAUGCAAAACGAACUAAUGUAGCUUAUGUGGUGGUUCAUUUGUGGGCUUUCCUGCAAUUUUUGAUUGAAUCUGAUUUCAAAUGGCUCUUACAUAGCAACUUGCUACUAAGGUAUCUCUUCAUUCUUAUGGUUUCCUUUAUUUAGUUCGUCUGUACAUUUGGGAAAUUUUCAAUUCAAUUUGAUGAAAUUUCAGGGUUUUCCAUAUUUUAGUUCCGUUCAUUUUAAAUUUAGGGGUUUUAUUGAUUCAAGUAUUGUCAUUCUAAAAUUGGAGUUUUUUCGAAUUAAUUUAAUUAGUUCAAAUAUUUGGGGUGGUUUAUGCAUUCUAAAGCUAUUUCUUAUGUUAGGAUAUCUGUAAUGAUUUUCUUAUCUUUAUUGUGAUUUGUGUGUUGUUGUUGAUGUUUGUUUUUGUUUUGUGGAAUUGAAGGAAUUUCAAUUUGAUUGAUUGAGAUCUGGAAUGGUUCUACUAAAGGGCUACUUUUCAACCUCCGAACAGGCAAACAUUUUAAAGAAAUGUCGUGACCAUGGAAUGGGCCCUGUAGGAUUCUAUGAGCCUCGUUUUCGUGAGGGAGGGAAGUUGCAUUUGAGCCUGAUGUGUUUUGGUCAGUUUUGGGAUCCCGAGGCCAGCAAAUAUGUAAAAAAUUGGCCAAUUGAUCAAGCAAAACCACCGUCACUUCCACAUGAAUUUCUAAUGUUAGUUGAAAGAGCCAUCAAGGACUCUCACUCUCUUAUAGCUAAACAGUCUAAGGCAAAUAAUGUAGAAGACAUUCUUCCCCCAGUUGUAAAUUAUUAUACACAAAUUGGACAGCUCAGUUUACAUGAGGACAAGGAUGAGAGUCGAGAGAGUCUUGGGAAAGGAAUACCUAUUGUUUCUUUCUCCAUUGGUGACUCUGCUAUAUGGUGAUCAGGCAAAUACUGAAAAGGCUGAUAAGAUCAAAUUAGAAUAUGGAGAUGUUCUAAUAUUCGGAGGUAAAUCAAGACGUAUUUUUCAUGGUGUCUCAGCAAUUUUUUUGUGAAGUUUGAAGUGUUAUUAGUGGAUUGGUAAGUGAAUUAGUGAGAGUUUUGAGUGGUUAUUUUACACAUGGAUGAAGAAGUUUUUUAUUCAAUAAUUUUUGGUAAUGCUUAAGUUAGGGUUUAUUUUGCACUGUUGUUAUAUUCGGUUUCAAAAUUUCUUAAUUUUGUGUUCUUAUGUUGAAUCUACUUGUAAAAAUGGCCAGGGAAGUUCAUAUUUGUUUGCUUUUUUAUUUUUUUAUUUUUACUUCAGAGCUUUCUCUAACCCCCCACUAAAGCAAAAUAACUUUCCUCUCCAUUGAAGUAACUUGAAAGGUAAUUUGUUAAUUUCCCGAUCCGAUGCCCAGGUAUAAUUCUUUCUGAUUUCUCUCUCUUGUUCUAAUUGGUUCAAUGUUCAUCCCUUCAUUUAGAUUUUUCCUUUUAUUUGAAUGUUAGACUGAUUAAAUUUUUGUUCAUUUCUGGGUUUUUUCUGCAGUUGGAUUUUCUGGGGAUUUAUUUAUUUAUUUUAAUAUUGAUUCUGAGUUUAAUUCAGCUUUACUAGGCAUUUUUGUGUUUAAAGCUUGAUGAUAAUAUCAUUGGAGGAACUUAGUUAUAGAAAGGCAUGCCUUUUUAUUGGCAGAAGUGAAUUAGUUUUUUGUAAUUAGUUUGAUAGAAGUAGAAUAUCAUAUUGCUAAAAGUUUUCUAUUUGAUUUGGCAUAGGAUCUUCAUUAAUUAAAAGGAGAUUAUGCCAGUUUUCCAGUCAAUGUGAUCUUCAUGGAUUAAAAUUGACAUACCAAUGAACAUCCUAUAUUUUUUCAUACAACUAACAUGGUUUCCUGACUUGGGUGGUUUAAAAAAUAUCUCUAAUUCAUGUAUUAUGUUUAGUAUCUGCCUGAGAUUGCUGUGCUAUUAUUAUGGUAUGGACGAGGUUGUGGUGAAAGUAAGAUAAAGCUCUAAAAUGUUCAAUGUGAUGGCAUAACCAUUUGUUUGUAUCUUAUACUCGAUGUAGUAUAGUUGUAUAUAGACUAUAUUAUUUGCUUGAAUCUUAUACUAGAUGUAGUAUUGUAGGGAAUAUUUCAAGCAUUAUCCCUGAACCCCACUGUGAUCAUACACUUAAGUACGGUGGCGUCCAAAGGGAAGGAAACU